AUGGUGCUGAAAGUGAAGAAGGAAGUUCCUGCCCCUCCCAAAGCCGAAGCCAAAGUGAAGGCCUUGAAAGCUAAGAAGGAAUUGCUAAAAGGUGUCCACGGCCACAAAAAGAAGAAGAUCCAUAUGUCACACACUUUCUGGUGGCCCAAGACCCUGCAGCUCUGGAGGCAGCCAAAAUAUCCUAGAAAGAGUGUACCCAAGCUUAACCACUAUGCUCUCAUCAGAUUCCCAUUGACCACUGAGUCAGCUAUGAUGAAAAUAGAGAACAACAUGCUUGUGUUCAUUGUGGAUGUGAAGGCCAACAAGCAGCAGGUCAAACAGGGCAUGAAGAAACUCUAUGACAUUGAUGUAGCCAAAGUCAAUACCUUGAUAAGACCUGAUGGAGAAAAGGCGAAUGUUCACUUGGUUCUUGAUUAUAAUGCUCUAGAUGUUGCCAACAAGAUUGUGAUCAUCUAA